AUGCCCUUCUACCUGGUCGCCGUUCUACUGUUUUCAAACGCAUUCACUAAGGAGGAUGACGACGAUGAGCCUUUAUGUAAGGAUAGACUGCUAAAAUCCGAGUGCGCUUGGUUUAAGCAGAAAAAUUAUUGCGAGGGAGAAGAUCUUGCAGAAUUUUUGGAGACAAGAUGUCCAAAGACGUGCGACAUCUGUGCGAGAUUAUGUAAGGAUAGAUGGAGAACAGAAUUCUGCCAGAUCAUAAAGGAUAAAGGAAAUUGUGCCGUAACAAAAGCUACUGUUAGAACUAUGAGGGCAAAUUGUACAAAGACGGAGCAUAUCAACAUGUUCCUACAUCUAGUCGCCAUUCUUCUGCUUAUCAACAAUUUCUCCUCUCAGGAUAAUCCUCCCCCUCCGAAGUGUGUGGAUACAUGGAAAAAAGAAGACUGCCUUUGGUUUAAGAAUAAAGAUUAUUGUGAGAGACCAGAUCUUAAGGGUUUUUUGUACUCAAGAUGUGCAAGAACGUGCAUGUACUGUAGGGAAUGUAUAGAUAGAUGGAGAACAGAAUUCUGCCUGAUGAUCAAGGACAAAGGAAUUUGUGAUCUAUCAAUAGCUACUAGGCAUACAUUGGCGGAAAAUUGUACAAAGACGUGCGGCUACUGCAAGGAAGUAAUGGAAAGUCCGCCGAGACGACGCCUUCGUCCAAAAAGAAGGAGGGGACCACAUCGAUUCUGGACCAAGACGACACGUGCACGACUCGCCAUAGACAAUGGAUCAUGGAGACUUUGUAUCCACAGCGCAAGAGCAGCGUCCACAGACGCUGACAUGGUUGCCCUUCUCAGAGCUGAAGAAUGUGUCAAACUUCACGCGAUUGCUGUGCAAGGGAUUAAGAGCAGUAGGAGCGACACAGGAAAGAUGAAUGAUGCAGAGAGGGUGCUCAAGGAAUUGAACGAAACAGGGAAGAGAAAAGGAUUGCGAAUAAACAGAAAGAAGACACAGUUCAUGAAGAACGCGCACUGCGAGGACGGAGGAGUACAACUUAAAGGCUCCCAAAUUGUGGAAACUUCGCCAUACGUCUAUCUUGGACGUUCUAUGAAUAUGAAAAAGGACUUGAAGGAAGAACUGAAUAGAAGGACGAGAUCAGGGUGGACGGCAUUCGCACUCGUCAAGGAAGCUACGGACCAACUGAUGGGCGAAAAGCUUCGUGCCCAUCUGCUCGACUCGACAAUUCUUUCUCUGUUACGUAGCGAAGAAGUGGACAGACACCACUGCCACGUCUAG